GGGUGGGGUCUCGCCGGGCGGCGCUCUCGCUGCGGCUGGACGAGGCGGGGGCGGGCGAGGGCGGCGAGGGCGGCUGGUCGGGCGGGGGCCGGCUGCGGCCCUCCUCGUACCGGGCCCUGCGCAGCGCCGUCUCCACGCUGGCGCGCAUCGACGACUUCUACUGCGAGAAGAUCGGCGCCGGCUUCUUCUCCGAGGUCUUCAAGGUGAGGCAUCGCCAGUCAGGGCAGAUCAUGGUGCUGAAGAUGAACAAGCUGAUGAGUAACCGUGGCAACAUGCUGCGCGAGGUGCAGCUCAUGAACCGCCUCUCGCACCCCAACAUCCUCCGGUUCAUGGGCGUCUGCGUCCACCAAGGCCAGCUCCACGCGCUGACGGAGUACAUCAACGGUGGCAACCUGGAACAGCUGCUGGACAGCCCCACCCCCCUGCCCUGGCCCGUCCGCAUCAAGCUGGCCCUGGACAUCGCCCGCGGCCUGCGCUACCUGCACAGCAAGGGCAUCUUCCACCGCGACCUCACCUCCAAGAACUGCCUCGUGAGGAGUGAGGACAACGGCUACACGGCCGUCGUGGGAGACUUUGGCUUGGCGGAGAAGAUCCCCACCUACAGUGACGGGGGCGCGAAGGAGCCUCUGGCUGUUGUCGGCUCUCCAUACUGGAUGGCCCCGGAGGUCCUGCGUGGGGAUCUGUACAACGAGAAGGCCGAUGUCUUUGCCUACGGCAUCAUCCUCUGCGAGACCAUCGCCCGCCUGCCCGCCGACCCAGACUACCUGCCCCGCACUGAGGACUUUGGGCUGGAUGUGGCCGCUUUCUGCAACCUGGUGGGAGCUGACUGCCCUGCAACAUUCCUCCAGCUGGCCUUCCACUGCUGCAGAAUGGAGCCCACCUCGAGGCCCUCCUUCCUGGAGAUCACGCAGCGCCUGGAGAGCAUCUUGAAGCAGCAGCUGGCAGCCAGAGAUGCCAAUGCUGCCCUGCAGAGCGACAGGACCAGCACCCCGGGGAGCCCGGCCCUCUCCCUCCAUGACAAAGCCGCCCAGGACCCCCUGCACCCCGCCCCGCCGCCCAGCCUGCUGGACCAGCCCCACGUGCCCCCGGACCAGCGUCUCUCGCGCAGCCAGUCGGAUAUGGUGCCGCCCAGAGCGCCCCCCGCCCCCCAGGAAACCCCGCAGCGGGUCAACCCCUUCUCCCAGCGCCACGACCUCCAGGGGGGCCGCAUCAAGCUCUUUGACACGCCCAGCAAGUCGCUGAUCUCGCUGACCUUUGACCUGCCGCCCCCCUCGCCCUUCCCGCCGGGCACCCCCAUCACCCCGGAGCCAGCCGUGGAGGCGCACUGCAACUUCUCUGAGCCGGCGGCCCUCGCCCGCAGGUGCCGCUCGCUGCCCGCCUCCCCGGAGAUGCCCCGCCGGGGGGUUCCUCGUCCCCCCCAACCCCUCCUGUCCCUGGACUGCAGCAGCCUGGAGCGCCCCCUCCGCUCCCCUCCCGGGGAGCUCAUGGACACCAGUCCCGACAGCCCCCCCAGCGCCCUCCCUGUGGAGCUGGCCACCCCCCUGGUGCCCUCCGUGCCCAAUGGCAGCUUUAUUCGCACGGCGGUCUCGGGGAUGCAGCCCUGGCCCUCCAAUGGGCUGCUCUUGAACAACAACAGCAAGCCCCCCAGCUGGGGAGGGGGCUUCUCGGAGCUGAGCGUGCCCUCGCCUGGCUUGGGGCCUCCGCUGGAGCACGCAGGGUCGGCCCUGGCCCUGAGCGCCCCAGCUGGCGGAGGGGGCAGCGUUGGGGUCCUGGAGCAGGAGGAGGUGGUGAGCUGCCCUGCCUGCUGCCUGGGGCCCUUUGGCUUCAGCUUUGCCUCUGUCUGCCAGCGCCCCCCCGCCAGCGCCCCCGGCUACCAGAACCUCAACUGCGAAGCCAAGAGCCUGCUGUGCCCGGAGCGGCACCACAAGGGCCCGGUUCUGGCCGAGCCCAGCCUCAAGCUGCCCGAAGCACAGUCCUAAGGCUGGCAGCGGAAGGCGGGACACACAGAGCCCGGCGGGGCGAAAGGGGGGCUGUGGACCCACGACGGAUCCUUCGGGCGGCCUCAGGAUGCUGCAGCGCGUUGAAGGUGACGGCUGUUGCCAGUGCUUGGCCGGUUCUCAGGGCUUGACGAAGCAGAGGAGCCUGUGGGGCAGCCGUGCCAGGGCCACAUUUUUGGGGGAGUGGGAGGUUAAGAUUCCACCCUGUGGCCUUUUGUAGCAAAGGGGCUUCCCAGUGCCUGGAAAACCCCCUCCCCAGCCCUGGCAGGUGCUGUGGGAAGGAAAGGGGGGGUCUUUCCCCAUAAGCCAGGCAGAAGUGCAAUAAUGUGGCCGCCCCACAGACCCCCGUGCGGUCGGACUGGGGAGGGGGGCCACACACCAGCAUCCAAGAAGCCCCAAGGUUUCUUUCUGGGUGGGGGGCUUCGCCCACACCAGUGCAGUGCCUCCCCCCACAAACCCAGGCCUGGUGGGACCUUCUGGGGUGGGCUGGAAAUCGUGGCCUGGGGACCAGGGGGUCUUGCCCCCCGUCAUACUUGCCCUGCUCGUUUGGAGGGGAAUGACAGAGGAGAAAGAGACUCUUAAGGACCGGAGGGGGGGGGUGUCAGGAGACAGAAAUGGGGGCAGGGCAGGAAAAUGUUAGGGCGCCCGCAUGCUUGUGUGCGGGUCACAUUUGGGGACUAGGAAACUGGGAGACACAAGUUUGGAUCUGCAAUGUUGUGGGGGGGGGGGCUCAGCCUCCUCCCUGGGUGCUCCUCCUGAGCUGUACGAGUGUCGGAGGGGGGGGUCGGUUGGGGGGAGUGUUGGGGUGGAAACUAGCUUCUGUUCCCAGCACUUCUCUCCUGCCCCCCCAUGUGCAAUAAUGAGGAGUUCUUACGGUAUUUCUGGCUGCAUCUCUGCCCCCUCCUGUGUGGGGCUCAGCGUCCGUCCCCCCCCCCCCCCGGCCCUCCCCACUCAGUGCCCUGGUGGGAUGCGGCUGCAUUUUUCAUAACGACAAAUGCUGCUUUAUGUAUUCAGCUUAUUUAAAGUGUUGGAGAAAUAAAACAUGAUGAUGGUUGCAAUGGGCUGGUUCCUGGCAUCUCAGAUCUGGUUCAGGACAGGCGACAGAAAGCUCUUCAUGCAGCGCAGAGUUACAACCGUGGAACUCCAGGUGUCUCAAUGUCCAGGCCGGUGUGGAGAUAAGGGCUGCUCAAGGAAUUUUGUUGCCAGAGGAUGGGAUGGUACCUCACAGCUGACUGGACUUCAGCGCUUCCCGUGGGGCCCCAUCCUUUCCUGCACCUGACCGGGGGGGGGGGGGACAGCGCUGAGGGGCAGCAUGCGAAAGAGGCUCAGGGCAGAGCAGGCAGCUCACCCCCCCCAGGUGGCUGCCUCUCUCGGCCUUGCAAACGGGAGGGUGAGGCUGCCAAGGAGAGUGAACCAGGGAUGCCCCUCCCCAUGGGGACAGGUGAGCUUGUUGGGAGCCUCAGGUGAGAUCCCCACACGGUGGAAGUUGCUCCCGCUAUCAGUCACCCCGCAGCAGCUGAGAAAGGUCCAGAUAGUUUACUGCUGCAGAUACACCUACAAGUACAAAUGAUCUCUAUUGCUCCAAGUUGAGCCAUUCAAGAUGUGACAUUGGGCAAGCAACACAAACUGCAGACUCACAUACACCCAGACAACACCAUUACUGGCCCCAACAACAUCCAACAUACCAUCUCAGGACUAUUUAAUUGCUCAUCCUCUAACAUUGUGUAUGCCAUCAAAUGCCAACAGUGCCCUUCAGCUCUCUAUAUUGGACAAACAGGCCAAACCCUACGCCAAAGGAUAAAUGGACAUAAAUCUGACAUCAGGAACCACAAGACAGAGAAACCAGUAGGAGAACACUUCAAUCUCCCAGGACAUUCUAUACAAGAUCUCAAAGUAGCUGUCUUACUACAAAAGAAUUUCAGAAAUAGACUGGAAAGAGAAGUUGCUGAAUUACAACUUAUCACCAAGCUCAAAACCAUGGAGGGACCUGGUUUGAACAGAGAUAUCGGAUUCUUAUCUCAUUAUACAUGAUAAGCGAUCUUCAGCCAUCUCAGCCCUUGCUUUUUCAUGCAAAACCAUUUGCAGUCGUUUUCGGUCAUCAACAGCUAUCAGUCAGUCAAUCACCCACUUCCACCACCCUUCUGAGUGAUCUCCCCUCCC